AUGGGAUGUACUAACACCAAAGAGAAAAGAAGCGGUGGCUUUCGUGGUGAAAACGAGCCAGGUGGAGCGGGCGCUGGGGAAUUUAGCACCCUUGCGAAGGAGAAUCCUGUUGCCGCAGCGUUGGAAGAAGAAUGGUCUGAUUUUGUACGUUCUCUGUCUUUUUCUGCCUCUUCGGAGACGCGACGAGAAGUCUGGGCGAAUACGGCAAACAAUCCCCUGACGCACCGCUCCGUCGAUAAGGUCGGGAAGCUCUUUUUGGUGUGCGUAAGAAACGACCUCACGCUUCGCGAGUGGGGCGGUAAUUUUGACUAUACCGUCGUUGGGUUGGCAAACCAAGGCUUUCUCAGGGCCACCGCCACUGUUGAUGCUGGAAGUGGCACUGGACAGUCAAAGGGGGCGGUGUGGGAGGUGAAGGUGCACUAUCACAGUACAGCAAAGCCACAAUGA